AUGGAUAUUUGUGAUCAGAUGGUUACCGCGACAUCUGAUCAAGAUUCGGCAGCCGCCCAAAAGGUUGGAGAUAUGAAGUACCACAAUAAGACAAGCAUGACAGUAGACGCUGGCCAGAAUCUUGUAGCCUCUACUGAUUUGGAUUUGGCUCCUUCUUCUCAAUACGACCAAAAGCGAAUCGUUCCACCUGAGAUUGUUUACAAGAUCCUCGAUCUCCUCUACAAGAAACAUGAUAUGCCGACAAUCUGGUGUAUUUCUCUUUCCGCCCGUAUCUACUAUCGUUAUGUCGCAAAAUAUCGCCAUCGAUUUGGAAUUCGUCUUACCAGAAAGGAAAAGAGAGUGCUAGCUCCACUUCUCAAGAACUGGAUGGGAGAUCAAUAUCGAAUCAUGCGCUCAGAUACCAUGGAUACAAUCGACUCGGCAGCUUUAUUCCACAACAAUACCAUGUUUCUCUCACGCAAAGUCUAUGGCGACACAGAUGCAAAAGAACGAGCUCUGUGCCAGAGAUUCGAAGACUACAAUAAUUUCAUAGCUCUGCUAAGCAGUCCGGGCUAUAAACCUGCAUUAUACAGUGGUCUCCGCAUUCCGGAUCCAACUAGAAAGGGAACAGAUUGGUAUGAAGAGAUGGCUAAGUCCUUGUUGAUUUGCAUUAUCCAGAAUUGGGACAAAGGCAGCGGAGAACCAAUUGGUUCCUGGUUCGAGGGUCGAGAAUCCCCAGAGUAUCCCGCUCGUCAGCACCUUUGGCAAGAAUACAUGUACAGUAGUCUGCGAGCAUGGGCCCAUUACGAAGGAGAAGAGUUUGGUGGUACGCCUCCGCAGAAUAAGGUUUCACGUACUGAGUCUGGUCAAUACAAUCCUCCCUAUUCAAGUAAGCCGAACUGGAAUUAUAACGGUUGUGAUGAUUUACAUAGGGGUCAAUACAUACAAGAUGGCUCAAGCAAGGAUGAUGUUAUGCAGAAGAUACCGGAUCACAAUAUUUUAAAAUGGCUGAUGCAUCAUGAUGGCGAGGACUGGGUUUUCAAGGCUAUCUGUUUCCCGAAAGAAACUUCAAUGAAAGAAGUGUUGAGAAACUUUGAGAGAGAUAUCGAGGAGUCUUGGGGUCCGUUGGAUUAG